GUCCAGGCGACAGCUUCCCCAGAGGCGCUGGCUUCUUCUGGCAUUGGCAUUCUGCAGCAUCACCAGGGGCCCUGACACGGCCUCUUCUGAGCCCGGAACGCUACGGCCGCAGCUUCUUCAGGACUUACGCGACCCGAGGCUCGCACUUUACAGCCCAAAGCAUCGGAGGGACGUGCGCAAGUACCGCGACAAGGUCCUGGCUGUUGCAGGCCUUCAAUCCAGAGAGGCCCCUCGCCUCGCCCGAACGCUGCGAAGGCGCUCGGGCAGCGCUGCACUCGAGGAAGAGCUUCCCUGUGCAGUCGGUGUCCAUCAUGGCCUGGGCUGUUUGCAAAGGGCAAUGGAGGCAUCGGCGGCAGGGGCAAGGAUACGCUUUGACAGCGUUCUGCUGCCAUGGAACUGCCCCAAAGACGCGCAG